CUGCGUCUGCGUACAUCUUUACCUUUAAGGACCUGCGACAUUUUUUCCACCGGACCGCCACUUUCCGCACAUACGAGCGUGCGGAUCUCUGUCUUCGAGGAUUUUGUGUCGUGUGCCGUGUUUUUUAAGGAGGAGUGCGUUGAUGGUUUCUCGUAUCUUUGUUUUACGGUGUAAUUUGCGUCGGCCGAACUCGUGCGUCGGAGGGGUGCGAGAGAGGACGACACCGCGCUCGAGAACAACGCGUGGAGGAGGGGAGGAAGACACGGAGGGGGUGUUCACUCAAAAUAUACUAUCCCUUUAAAACAAGGGGGACACAACGGUGGGGGAGAUAUAGCGGGGCAGAGAAGACGGGAUAAAAAAAGAAAAGGAAGAAAGAGCGAGGGUGGGAGGGUGAGUGUGUUGCAGAAAAAAGGAAAAAUGUCAUCCUCUCGAUUGAAAUGCCGAGGCGGAGCCAUGGACGACGGCCGGUAAAGCGCUCGCUAGACGGGAAUGGAAUUUAACGCAACACCGAGGCUCGAAUAGACGCCGCUCGGGGCCUGGAUGGAGAAUCUCAUAAUAAAAAUGAUGAAAUAAUUUUCAGCCACGCCAUGCGAUCGAUGCUAGCAAAUCAUACACACGCCUGCCUUUUGUUUUUUUAAAAUAGUAUUGUUUUGCAUGAAAAAUGUGUUGGUUGCACACAGCGCUGUCAUUAACAAUAACGCAUUACAUGCAGUAAAAACGUAACGUAAUUUAAUGUUGUAUUUUAUAAAGCAUGAUGAGCCACUGUUAUCUGACAACGGGCGUUACGUCAGCUUGUACUGACAGAUUGACAGCUGUAAUUCAAGUACAUUUACUUCACCAUUAUUAAUCGAGAUUUGAGAGUCAGUGCUCUAUUUUAAUAUAAAUUGCUUAAGGUAAUGUCCUUUUUAUUGUUUAGAUGUCAGUAACGUUAGCGUUGUUUUAUAUAUACGUAGUGGCUUUUUAUUAUCAAUAGAAAGCACGGAGCAGGGUUGUGAUAUUUACAUAUAAUUAACAAAAUAAUAUAAAGGGAGACCUCUGACAAGGAAAAAUAAACUAUUUUAGUCCAGAAAACAUCUGUACACAUCUGUUUUACACGUCAAGAUGGAUGCAGCUUGGAGCAACUUCCUCUUUCAGACUCCGCCUUCACAGUCCCAAACUGAUGCGACCCUCCAAUCAGAUCUUUUGCCGGAGCUCACGGAUGACACUCAGGAACCGCCUCCUGAACACAUAGACCCGCCCCCAUCCACGGUGGACACAGCAGCGUUGAAUGAGGAGCCUCUACCGGUGAAGCCAGUUAGUCGACCAGCUCGACCCGCACACAUCUGCUCCAUAUGUAACAAGCAGUUUAAGAACAGUUAUAACCUGCGCCGUCACCAGUCUGUCCACACCGGUGUGAAGAUGAAGGACAGGGCCGCCAGAGAGAAAAUAGAUGGAGGGAAGUCCGCAACACGAGUGGAAAGACAAACCAUUCCUCUUUCUCUUCUUCAUCUGUCCAUACCUGCCUCUCUACCCACGACAGUUGACCCCAUGGCCCAUCCUUCACCAAUUGGCAAUCAACAGCUGGAGACAGUAGCUGUCUCUAUAGCCCCAGCAACAGUUGCCAUGUCAGUCAAUCAGCCCCUCCCUACUGCAGUGGUGGUUACUGGGACAAUGGUGCAGGCUGCACCCAACAGCAACAUAGACGAAAACCUAAAUAAUGCCACCCCGAUUCAAAUCUCUAUACCCAUAACAAACGCAUUGCCUGUAAAUGCAACUCCCAUUUCUAAUCCCAACCCAAAUCCCAAUCCGGUAAGGAAAAAUCAUGCUUGUGAGGCCUGUGGAAAAGCGUUCAGGGACGUGUACCAUCUAAACCGGCAUCGGUUGUCCCAUUCGGAUGAGAAGCCGUACUCCUGUCCGAUCUGCCAGCAGCGGUUUAAGAGAAAGGAUCGAAUGAGUUAUCAUGUCCGAUCCCAUCAAGGAGGGGUAGAGAAACCAUACGUGUGUCCGCACUGCGCCAAGGGCUUCUCACGGCCCGACCAUCUUAACAGUCACGUACGACAGGUGCACUCCACAGAAAGACCCUUCAAAUGUCCGACGUGCGAAUCUGCCUUCGCUACUAAAGACCGGUUACGAGCUCAUAUGAUCAGACACGAAGACAAGGUUCCCUGCCACAUAUGUGGCAAACUUCUCUCUCCUGCUUACAUCACAGAUCACAUGAGGGUCCAUAACCAAUCACAGCAUCACGUCUGCCACAUUUGCAACCGCAGUUUCACCACACUGACAUACCUGCGUGUCCACGCUCAGAAGCACCAUGGGCAAGAAUGGAAGGAGAGUGGAGUCGGGCGUGGGUCUGGCCCAGGAGGGGUGCUGUUAUGCCAGCUGUGCGGUGUGCACUGUAAAACGCCCACGCAGCUGCAGGGGCAUAUGGCCACGCAUGCCAACCAGACGGACCCCAACGUUCCUUGCCCCAUCAGCAGCAGUUCUGGGGCAAAUGUGGCGACAGCUACUCUUGUUUCUAGCCCUCCAGUCACGGUUGGCUUGCUGGUGACUGACUGCUCCAGUAUUGCUCCUCAAAGCCACAGCUAGCCAACAGCACAUCAUGAGGAGGCAGGGGUGGGGUGAAUGAGAUGGGGAAUAAUAGGUGGGAAGAGAAAUGUACAAGAGGAGUGGUCUAACCUGGACAGGCUACCAUGGAAAUGCCAACACAAAGAUUGCAAUGGGAACCUUCUCAUUACCCAACCCCUCAAAUCCACCUCAUAUCUUCCUGGCAUUGUGCUAAACUUUAUGACUUUCUUCAAAUGUGUAAUAUUUUAAGUGAACUGAAGAAACAUCAUCCUGCUUCACGUGUAUUUUAUGAGCAGGAAGACUGGGAAGUCUUUUGGAUUGUGUGGUCAUCAUAUGCUUUGAUGGAUGCAGUCUGAUAUUGUUUUAAAGAAGAUCCCCACGUUUCAAUGAUGAUCUGAUGAAUGACUACUUUGGGUCCCUAUGGAGGGAUCAAUCUGACAAUAUUCAAAUGUUAGGAAACGUAGCACAAUGAGAUGAAUGGACACAUCAUGCCUCCUAACCAUUUCCUUAUAUCAUAUUGCCUCACAUCUACCUAUGAUCUUGACGAUAAAAAAAGAUACAUUUUAGAAUUUAUAAUGCAACUCUGUUGUAAGAGAUCAUUCCUUUAUAAAUAAUCUUUAGAUAAAUGACCACUGAGAACGUCUGAGAGGAUCAAAUACGGGGCCAUUCUUUCUCAGUAAUCCAUGCAAAAUAUUGUAAGGGUUUUAAACUUAAUCACAUGGACAAAAUAUUUAUAUUUGUAAUGUACGCAGUAUAUGUGAACGCUACAACAGCAUCUAUUGUUCAAUGCCUCCUUUGAUAUUUUUCACAAUUCUAACUGAUCUCGAUUUAUCGGCUAGUUUUUGUUUUGAGAAAAGACGUUAAAUGUAGUGUUAAUUAAGCUGCAUAGGAAUUGUAAUCUAUAUGUUUCAAGUUCUGUUUGUGUUGAUGCUUUGGUAAACGCCAAUAUGUGUUGGUGUCGCUGUAUUCUUAUCCUAAUUAAUCUCUGUAUAAUGAUCAUGCACCUAAUUAUACUGAAUUUAACUAAC